AGGAGGGGAGUGGUGUCUGGGAAGGGGGGGGAAUCUGGGCAGCGGCCGGGCUCUGUGGCUUCAGGGCUCGGAGAGAGAGAGGGAGGGUGGCAAAGAGAGUGAGUCGGUGCCGCCGCCUGCCUAAGGAGAGAGGAGGGGUCCUGCUUGCCUGCGCCCUUCGCGGGCCGAGAGCGCGAGGCACCCGCGAACCUCUGAGGCCUCCAGCCCCUGGGGACCCCGCCCCGCCGGCCGGCCGGCCCGGGGCCUCUCUUCCCUUUGUGAGCGCCCCCUUCCCAGGGGUGGUGGUGGCUGAGGGCUGUGCGUGGGCCCGCCCGCCGAGGGGCGGCGGCGGGGGACCGAGAGGGCCUCGGCUGUGUGAGGACGGGAGGCGGCCGAGGCCCGGGCCGGUUCCCCGAGGCGGCGGCGGCGGCUCCCGGCACUUCCCCGCGCCAUCUUAGCUGAGUCCAAGCUCUGAGGGCGCCUCCUCGACCCCGGUCGUCCCUUCGCCCCCCCCCCCCAACCCGCCGCCCCUUGUCGCAGAGCUUGGGCUGGGCGGCUUGCUGGGGCUCCGGGGGGGGGGCGGCGGUCUGUCGCCUGGCCCCCUCCUCCUCCUCACUCCUCGCCCUCCAGUGUAGCGGCUACUCAAGCGCUGCAGGGGGCUGCAGCUGCCUACUCCGCCCCAGACCUGUCGGCGAAAGGGUAUGAUGAGCCCAACAGUUCAGAAGAUGACUGCAUUGAAAAGAUAGUUUGUUUCAGUUCCCGAGAGGAGGUGGGACACCAAGCCAUCUAGGGCCACACAGGGAAGCACCAGUUUAUGCCAGCGUGGCUUCAUUCAUACAGAUGAACCAAGGAUUGGGAUAGCAAUAUAAAAUUAGAAUCAGACAGCUGAUUGCCCAGCAGGAUGCCAUCAACUAACCGUGCGGGCAGCCUGAAGGACCCUGAAAUUGCAGAGCUCUUCUUCAAAGAAGAUCCAGAGAAGCUCUUCACAGAUCUCAGAGAAAUUGGCCAUGGAAGCUUUGGAGCAGUGUAUUUUGCACGAGAUGUGCGCACCAAUGAAGUGGUGGCUAUCAAGAAAAUGUCUUAUAGUGGAAAGCAGUCCACUGAGAAAUGGCAGGAUAUUAUUAAGGAAGUCAAGUUUCUACAAAGAAUAAAACAUCCCAACAGUAUAGAAUACAAAGGCUGCUAUUUACGUGAGCACACAGCAUGGCUUGUAAUGGAGUAUUGUUUAGGAUCUGCUUCAGAUUUACUAGAAGUUCACAAAAAGCCAUUACAAGAAGUGGAAAUAGCAGCAAUUACACAUGGUGCUCUCCAGGGAUUAGCCUACUUACAUUCUCAUACCAUGAUCCAUAGAGAUAUCAAAGCAGGAAAUAUCCUUCUGACAGAGCCAGGCCAGGUGAAACUUGCUGACUUUGGAUCCGCUUCCAUGGCAUCUCCUGCCAAUUCUUUUGUGGGAACGCCAUAUUGGAUGGCCCCAGAAGUAAUUUUAGCCAUGGAUGAAGGACAGUAUGAUGGAAAAGUAGAUGUAUGGUCUCUUGGUAUAACGUGUAUUGAACUAGCGGAAAGGAAGCCUCCUUUAUUUAAUAUGAAUGCAAUGAGUGCCUUAUAUCACAUAGCCCAAAAUGAAUCCCCUACACUACAGUCUAAUGAAUGGUCUGAUUAUUUUCGCAACUUUGUAGAUUCUUGCCUCCAGAAAAUUCCUCAAGAUCGUCCUACAUCAGAGGAACUUUUAAAGCACAUGUUUGUUCUUCGGGAGCGCCCUGAAACAGUGUUAAUAGAUCUUAUUCAGAGGACAAAGGAUGCAGUAAGGGAGCUGGACAAUCUGCAGUAUCGAAAGAUGAAGAAACUCCUUUUCCAGGAGGCACAUAAUGGACCAGCAGUAGAAGCACAGGAAGAAGAAGAGGAACAAGAUCAUGGUGUUGGACGGACAGGAACAGUGAAUAGUGUUGGAAGUAAUCAGUCUAUUCCCAGUAUGUCCAUCAGUGCCAGUAGCCAAAGCAGUAGUGUUAACAGUCUUCCAGAUGCCUCGGAUGACAAGAGUGAGCUAGACAUGAUGGAGGGAGACCACACAGUGAUGUCUAAUAGUUCUGUCAUCCAUUUAAAACCUGAGGAAGAAAAUUACAGAGAAGAGGGAGAUCCUAGAACAAGGGCAUCAGAUCCACAAUCUCCACCCCAAGUAUCUCGUCAUAAAUCACACUACCGUAAUCGAGAACACUUUGCUACUAUACGGACGGCAUCACUGGUUACAAGGCAAAUGCAAGAACAUGAGCAGGACUCUGAGCUUAGAGAACAAAUGUCUGGCUACAAGAGAAUGAGGCGGCAACAUCAAAAGCAGCUGAUGACUCUGGAAAAUAAGUUAAAGGCUGAGAUGGAUGAACAUCGCCUCAGAUUAGACAAAGAUCUUGAAACACAACGUAACAAUUUUGCUGCAGAAAUGGAGAAACUUAUCAAGAAACAUCAGGCUGCCAUGGAAAAAGAGGCUAAAGUGAUGGCCAAUGAAGAGAAAAAAUUUCAGCAACAUAUUCAGGCCCAACAGAAGAAAGAACUAAACAGCUUUUUGGAGUCCCAGAAAAGAGAAUAUAAACUUCGAAAAGAACAGCUUAAGGAGGAGCUGAAUGAAAAUCAGAGCACCCCCAAAAAAGAAAAACAGGAGUGGCUUUCAAAGCAGAAGGAGAAUAUACAGCAUUUCCAAGCAGAAGAAGAGGCUAAUCUUCUACGGCGUCAGAGACAAUACCUAGAGCUGGAAUGCCGUCGCUUCAAGAGAAGAAUGUUACUUGGGCGCCAUAACUUAGAACAGGACCUUGUCAGGGAGGAGUUAAAUAAAAGACAGACUCAAAAGGACUUAGAGCACGCCAUGCUGCUGCGACAGCAUGAGUCCAUGCAAGAACUGGAGUUCCGCCACCUCAACACAAUUCAGAAGAUGCGCUGUGAGUUGAUCAGAUUGCAGCAUCAAACUGAGCUCACUAACCAGCUAGAAUAUAAUAAACGAAGAGAACGAGAACUAAGGCGAAAGCAUGUCAUGGAGGUUCGACAACAGCCUAAGAGUCUGAAGUCUAAAGAACUCCAAAUAAAAAAGCAGUUUCAGGACACCUGCAAAAUCCAAACCAGACAGUACAAAGCAUUAAGAAAUCACCUACUGGAGACUACACCAAAGAGUGAGCACAAAGCUGUUCUGAAACGGCUCAAGGAGGAGCAGACCCGGAAGUUAGCCAUCUUGGCUGAACAGUAUGACCACAGCAUUAAUGAAAUGCUGUCCACCCAAGCUCUGCGUUUGGAUGAAGCACAGGAAGCAGAGUGCCAGGUUUUAAAGAUGCAGCUGCAGCAGGAACUGGAGCUGUUAAAUGCAUAUCAGAGCAAAAUCAAGAUGCAAGCUGAGGCACAACAUGAUCGAGAGCUUCGGGAACUUGAACAGAGGGUCUCCCUCCGCAGGGCGCUCUUAGAACAAAAGAUUGAAGAAGAAAUGUUGGCUUUGCAGAAUGAACGCACAGAACGAAUACGAAGCCUGCUGGAGCGUCAAGCCAGAGAAAUUGAAGCCUUUGACUCUGAAAGCAUGAGACUAGGUUUUAGUAACAUGGUCCUUUCUAAUCUCUCCCCUGAGGCAUUCAGCCACAGCUACCCGGGAGCUUCUGGUUGGUCUCACAAUCCUACUGGGGGUCCAGGACCUCACUGGGGUCAUCCCAUGGGUGGCCCACCACAGGCUUGGGGCCAUCCAAUGCAAGGUGGACCCCAGCCGUGGGGUCACCCCUCAGGGCCAAUGCAAGGGGUACCUCGAGGUAGCAGUAUGGGAGUCCGCAAUAGCCCUCAGGCUCUAAGGCGGACAGCUUCUGGGGGACGGACGGAGCAGGGCAUGAGCAGAAGCACGAGUGUCACUUCACAAAUAUCCAAUGGGUCACACAUGUCUUAUACAUAACUUAAUAAUUGAGAGUGGCAAUUCCGCUGGAGCUGUCUGCCAAAAGAAACUGCCUACAGACAUCGUCACAGCAGCCUCCUCACUUGGGCACUACAGUGUGGAAGCUGAGUGCACAUGGUAUAUUUUAUUCAUUUUUGUAAAGCGUUCUGUUUUGUGUUUACUAAUUGAGAUGUCAUAGUAUUUGGCUGCCGGGUUUUGUUUUUUUGUUUUUGUUUUUUAACUUUUGGAGAAAUUUUGAAAAGGGGAAUUGAUAUGUAUGUGUGUAUACAUAUACAUACGCACACACACACACACACACACACACACACACACACAUAUAUAUAUAUAUAUAUAUAUAUAUAUAUAUAUAUAUAUAUAUCUCAAGCAUGUGGUUACAAGAAAUUGGCUAGUUAGGGGGUAUUUUCUGAACACUGCAAAAAUAGAAUGCAGCAAUGUGUCUUGAGUCAUCACUUUGGGGCAGUUAUAUCCUAAGAAGGUCGUGAAAAAAUCUAAAGCCUUUCUCCAUACCCCAAAUUCUUAUAAGCCACUCACAGCAGGCAGCAUAUGCUGAAACAAGUUAUUAUGGAAACACAUCUGUGUCCCCUCACCAAUGUAUUUUCUUUAUUAAAUUGGUCUGACUUCUCAGCCUCAUUUGGAGUGAAAAAGAAUGUGGAAAUCCAUGAACACUAAAGGGUUCCAUUGACUUUUUCAGAGAGUAGAAAACAAUUUAGUUCUUUUUCUGAAUGCUGCAUAGAUUUGUCAGUGAUUUUUUUUUUUUUUUUUUGUCCAUUCAAUUGUGCCUUUUUUGUGGCAUGGUGAGAUGGAGGUGUAAGGAGAUAACAAGUUGUGUGGGAAUUGCAUCAACGAACCUGUGAGCCUUUAAAGGGGAAGACCAGAAGGGUGAGAGAGGCCCCUGAAAGUUCAUAUGGUGGGUAUGUUCAGCAGCAUAGUGAGGAGAUGAAGCCUCUAUAUCCUGACGUUUUGUUGCUUAUACUGUGAUAUCUUAUCCUAGCUAAGCUCUAUAACUCCCAAGACCCCAGACAGUACUUUUACUUUGUACAAAAACAAAGACAUAUAGCCAAUACAAAUCAAAUGCCAGAGGGUUUUGAAUGAUGCCAUAUUUGCAAACUGCCAUCUAUUGGAAUUCUCACCACACUACAUAGACAUAAUUUGAUUACCCCUUUUGGCUUAUGGGAUUUCCUGUUUACAAGUAGAAUAGCCAAUUAUUUAAAUGCUUAGUUGCCAUAGUGAACCAGGAGUCACUGAGCCAAUGACUUUACCAGCUGCUGACUAAUGCUCAUCACCACUGUAGAUUUUGCUGCAUGUGCAGGUCCUCUUUUUUUUUUUUUUUUUUUAAAAUUGCUGUUUUUGUUGCUGCAAUACUUUACAAACUUCUAGUUCCUUGAGACUUAGUGACCAUUUGGCAUCAUGUUAACAUCACACAACAGGAAACACCACUUCCAGAAGUCUCUAGCCUCAGUGCUAAAGUACUACUGAAAAGGAACUAGCAAGUUUGGCAAAUUAAAGGAAAAAAAAGUAAAGUAAGUUAUAGUGGUCAGGGAAUCUCUUGACAAACGCUAACUUUUUUUUUUCCCACAGAGGGGCGUGUUUUGUUUUGUUUUGUUCUGUUCUGUUCUGUUUAGUUUUGCAAUGAAGGAUCAACCCAAUGCUGAAAGUUAGAUGUUAUUUGGUAUUCCACUGCUAGUGUGGAAAUUGAGUUGAAGGUGGGUAGGAAGCUGUGAGUAUGACUUGAAGGAAAAAAACUUUCUUUUCAGUGAUAAAUCAGAGUUUCUUACAGGUUGUCUUGACCCCUCCCUUGUCUUGAAGAACCCUUGCUGCUGACUCUGGAUCCUGCUUUUCGUAAUAGAGGACUCCAAGGUAGAAUUUUCUGAGUCCCUCUCAAUGAUACUCUUCACCUAGACCAGGCUGAUGACCAAGCAGUAAUCUAUAAUUGUUGAAAUAUUGGCUUUCUCAACAAAAUUUAAGUCUUCCCCAGGUACGUCAGUCUAAUCUCCAUGAAUCCUCCCCUUUAGGAGUUUCUGGCAUUCAUUUAAAGGUAACUAGAAGAAAAAUUAAUAUUUUACUGUAAAUCUUUUAAAAACCAAGAUCACAGUAGAAUUCACACACAGUUUUAGGCAGUGUUUCAGGUAGCACUCCGGUACAUUGUCCUCUUGGCCAUGCUUGAGAUCACCAGUUUUUAGGUGAACGUGACAUGUACUUCUUGUCUGUCUAAUGAAAGGAGCUUUUAAUUUUCUAUCAUUUUACAUUCACCUACUCUACAGUAUUUCAAACAAAUUGAGAUAUUUACCUAUUUGGAGGAAAAUGAUAGGAGAGAGCUUUAGAAUUAAUGUCCAAAAAUAUAAUGAAUUUGAUACCUUUAAAAAAAAUUCUUAUUAGAUCUGGCCCCUCUGUACUACUGGAGGGGUGGAAUAGGAGUACAGCUCAGUUUUACAUACAAAACUCUUUAAAAUAAAAAAUACUACCAAUAAUACAUGUUAAAGUCCACUUGUGGACUUAAAUUAGUCAGAUUGAGUUAUUGAGUUCAUGCAGAUCAUAUGUACUUGUAAAAUUGUGAUUGAAUACUGACUCCAGAUGUCUAUCCAGUAGGUCUUUGUAUCUGAUUUAAUUGUGUGGCAACCAGUUUUACAUGUAGGUCAUGACUAUACCUGGAUUAUUCCAUUAAGUUCAUUUUAAUUAAAAUAUAUAUAGUUUGCAAAAAUGGUUCAACUUAAUUGAUUUGUGUGUGUUUGCAAGAUCUAACUUCUGAGGAAUAUCAUACAUGGUAGGAAUUAUCAAAGAGUAAAGCUUGUAGCAGGAAAAUUUGAAAGGUUUUGAGAGAUUCUGAAGAAAGAAGCAGGCACUUUCUGAAUCAGUGUACAGACGUCAACAUUUGAUCAAAUUACUACUACCUCUUCCCCAUUGUUGGUGUUCACUUGAUAUAUAUGUGUUUAAGAAAAUAAAACGUAUGCGAUAUUUGUCCAGCAUAUCAGAAAGUCGUAAAUGCUAUGUCUGGUAUCCAGAGCUUGGCAGUAAAAGUUUCUUGUGUUCACUGUCUCUCCCUUUUUUAAGUUAGCAUUAGAAAAAUGCAAAACCUCAUACCUUGAAAUAUAUUGUUCCUAAUGGGGUUCCCUUCCUUUUGCACAUAUUUUUCCCCUUGUUAAAGUCAGCUCUAACCCCGAAUUAAAGUAUCUGAAAGUAUUUUCAUUAUAUAGAUAAAGUUAGUUGGAAAAUAUGUUUUUAUUAGUUUUAUUGAGAGCUGCCAUUCUUUUUAGUCAUUUCUGUGCCUAGAGAUGAGUAGUCCUGCAUUUGAAGCCACACCCACAGAUAUAAUAUGCUUGGUACUCUAGGCCAAGGAUUUAUUAUUGGUAAGUUGAACUUUUUAGCAUAGUCAUGAUUUUCAGCUGCCAAGACAUCAGGUAAACACCAUUCAGUACACUAAAGAAACUAUCCUUGACUCUCUCCCACUCCCACCUAUUUUUCCUCACCCCCUUUUCAAAAAUUGAAAACGCUAUGAGUGUCUUUUUCAGACCAUAAGGCAGACUUUAGUAGCUUUCUACUUCUUUAACUAAAUGUCUGGCAUUUUAAACUUUUAUAGAAUACAUUGUGUUGGACACUGGAAUAAUACUGUUUAUUUUCACCUGUGAAAAAUGACUUUAUUGUACUUGAAACACCUCCUUUGCAUUUCUCCAUUUGUGCCAUUCACUAGUGGAAAUAAAUUGUAUUAUACCAUAAUCUACUGGCUUUUAAAAACUGUGUUAAAUAUGCACAUUUUUGGUAUAGCUAUUAUCAUUUGUAUGUAUAUAUUGUAUAUACAUAUGAGUGUCUAUAUGUGUGUAUAGAUUGAUGAAUAUAAUUCAUACUGUACAUUUCCAUCAGGGCACUUAAGGUUCUGUUAUUUUGUUUCAUUAUUUUAGUCCUCAGUUAAGGCAAGAAUGCAUGUGUUUCUUAACAAUGAGUACUCUGGGUUGAUAUUUAUGAGAAGGUGGUCAUUAGAUGCAAUCUUUUCUAUUUUAAUCCCCUCUUAGCACUUGAGUGGGUGGAAAGAAAGUUAAGUAAAAUGUGGAACCAUAAGUUGCAAUGCAGUAAAAUAGUGCUGGGGAAGGAGCCAGUUAGUGUUUCUGUGAGUUUGUGUCGUGAUGCAAUGAAAGAUAGGUGAUGCAGAGAGAAAUGAACCAUGGAAACUAAAAACACUGGUGGUGAUUCCUCUGCAAAGAUAAAAAGAACCAAUAAGUCACAUAAUCUUCAUGUGCACUCCAUACAUGUUUCUUAGUAGUGGUGCCAUUGAUCCUCUUACCCUUUUUACUCCAUUAAUAAUAAUAAUUAUAAAUUUUGCUAAGGACCAAAACAUCCAAGAAAGGAAUUACUGCUAAAGCAUCUAAGGUUCUCCUAAACUAUAAAAUCAACAGGAAAUGGCCACUGGGAGAGAAGGAUUUGGUAUUGGCAGGGGAUUUCUCCUUUUAGCUGCCUCUUCUUGCUUGCUAAUAGUAAGUUCUUCAUGCACCUUCCACCCCUUCGGAGGCACUACUUUUCAAGCACAGAUUUGGCCCAACACUGCAACCCUUUCCUAAAAAGUUUAUAUGACCCUGCGUUUUGUUCCAUGCUCACAAUGUGAAGUGUCUAGUGUAUAUUCCAGUCAGAAAAUAAUAUAUUUAAGGUGUAUAAGUGUGAAUCUCCUAUAAUGAUGGAAGAGGAGGCUCUUAUUUCUUAGAAAACUGCUUUCUCUAAGGAACAAAUCUAAAACUUGGCCUGUCAUCUUGGAGCUGCUUACCAAAAUACAAAUCCUUAUUAAAGAGAAACAAAUUCUCUGUUUUCCCUCAUCUAUCAUGAUAGUGCCCCCCAACCAGGUUGUAACAUUGCCUAUUAAAAGGCAGUCACUUACUCUUAGUUGUUAAGAACUGGAAAUUUUCCAUCCUCAGAUUCCUUAAAGGAUCAAGAGUGUGCUGUACACUUAGCAGACUUGCCUCUUGUAUGCAAGGACUACUGAUUGAAGUCUAUUUUGCUGUGUGUCUGGUUAUGUUGUCUGCACUUUUAUUAAAUCACUACAGUAAGUCUACAUUGAAAGUGACUUAAUUUGUAAAGAAGUCUUAUUAAACACUGUCUAGAAAAAGAAAGUGAAGCUGAGAACUCUUCCUUUAUUGUGCAUUUAUAUUUUCUACUGAAUUCUGGUAGCCCCCUUUAAAGUCACAUUAACUAAUUCUUCCCUUGUUUAUAUUCAGAUUUCCAAAAUUUCACUCAUGCAAGGGAAGAGAAUCUAUUUGGCCUAAUGGUAGUCUUCAGAUCAUAAGAAAUAUGUAAAUUAGCAUGCACCUUAUCUGCCUGUUGUGGGUUUCUUAAACUUGCACUUCUCUCUCACCCACCCCAAAAUAGAUAUCCUUUAAAGAAAAAGGCAGAGAAUUAAAACUGGGGAGCCAUUUACUAUGUCACCAUCACUGUUAACUGUUACCCAGCAAUCAGAACUUUUUGAAGUUUCAGAGCUUGUGUGUGUGUAUGUGUGUGUGUCUGUGUGUAUCUGUUUGAUUGUGUUGGGUUUGUUUUGUUUUUCAAUGUACAAGAGAGUCUUCUUUAAAUAGAGAAAAAGGUUAAUCCUCUCUGAAACAGGAUGCCCAUUGGAUAUACUAAUCUGGACAUCUGUAGGUAGUUUGCCAUGAAAAAGCAGAGAGAAGAUGAGACUUGUGAAUGAAUGAAAAGGGUAUCUUGAUACCCCAGAAUUCCCCCUAAAUUACGGGUAAUUCAACCUGCACAGUUUCCUUUUCACUCAUAGUUUUUAGCAAUUGUGAGUGAAGAAAUCAUGUAAUUAUCUGUAAAUAUGUAGCUAACAAAUUGACCUAGUUUCUGUAUUUUUUUGUUUUUGUACUAAAGUUUAUAAGUCUGUGCCAGCUAGAGAGGAGUUGCUGUCAUUGCCAGUUGUGGUCCUAGCAUCUAACCCUGAAACCAUCCUAGGUGACGUUUUUAGAAUUAAUGCUUCAGUGUUGUUAAACAGGGAGAAAUUAAGCUCAACCAUUGGUCAGGUUUAAAAUCUUUUGAAGCAAAGUCAUUUUAUUUAAUACAAUGAUUACAUGUCCUCAAUCAUGAAUGAGGUAGGGAACCUCCCUCCCCCAGUGGCCAUGUUUACAGAAGUGUGUUUUGUCUAUAAAGUGCAAGGGUUUUAAUGUUUAUGUAAAUUAUGCAGGUGAUAACAUUAUGGCUUGGAAUUGUUUAUUGGGCUCUCUUGCUGAAUUUUCAAAUGAAAUGAACUAUGCUUAUUACUGGCACAUUGAUCCCAUUUCUGGAGCAUUUUCCUAUUUCCAGAAUUACAUGUAUUCCUUUGUCAUUAUCCCUUGAUAUGCCUUGUAGCCUAAGGUAUUAAAAGCUGGUAAACAUAGAUGAGGGAAUUGCAUUUUUUAAAAUCCAUGAACCUUCAUUUGUAUGCCUUCAUUACUCAUGUUUCUUUGGCAACUCUGAGGUCAGUGAAGUUUAGAAAUGAGAUACCAGUGUUAAUGAAAAGUGUGUACUCUUUGCUUUUGCAUGGCUUGGCUUAGCAUCAAGGGUAUAUUUGGGUCACUUGAAAGCAUGAAGACCAGUUGUAUGGGAACAGGUUUCUCGCAGUGGCACAUUUUGCUUUUUCUGAGCCCUCAAAUACAUUGCCUCAGCAUGAACAUUAUUGUUUCUAUAAAUUACACAUGGUCAUGGAAUGAAUUAUGUGAUUUAAAAGGAUGGAACUGCUUAAUGUUUGCAAAUUCCAGCUGGCCAUGUGACUAUUGGACACAUAUCAAACAAACCUGGGGGGAAAUAUUGGAACCCUUCUAACCCUUUUUUGGUCAUAGACAAGUAUAUUUAGUUUAUUAAGAUGUUGGCUGCCCCUGGUAUGUUGCCAGAAAGCUCUUUUUUGGUGCCCAUUCCAAAUGUGCUUUCUUGCAUUUCAUAAUAUCAAAGAAACCACCACCCCUUCUCCCCAACAGCAUUUUAUGUCAGACCUUUUAUUCCACAUUAAAUGGGAGUUGUGCCUACUUAGAGUGCCCCUCCAAUUAAUUACAUACACGUGUCCUAAAAUAAUCCAAGCAGGAGACACAGGAAAAUUUUUUUUAGGAAGUCCACUCGAGGCCAGUAAUCUAUCUGACAAGGUAUUUUACCACAUUAUCUUGCCACUUGAUAAGUGAGCCUAUUAGGAAUUGCAGGUGGUUUCAUAGGACAAAAUCCAAGUAGAGAGGAAUAUGUGGGGUUUCUAUUAAGAGAUAAUUUUGUUAUUGUUUUACCUCUCCUUUUAUGAUCCUUCUCUGCUGGGUUAGAAUGGGUUAAUUCUCCAAAUUUAUUUUGUUUUUUAUCUUUUAGGGAAAUUUUUACAAAAGUGAUGGUCUGAUGUAAAUAACAUUUUGAAGUAUAGUGCACAUAAGUUCCCGAGACUAUUUCAACCUGAUAAUUUGUAAAUGCUUUAGAGUUUUUUUCAUUAACACUUGUGUUGCUAAAUCCUAUUUAUGUAAGUCUGCUAAAAAUUUUAACCCAUUUAAAACUUAAACAUUUUAAUAAUGGAUGAGUUACUCUGAGCAAUUUAGCUUUCAAAACCCCCUUGUUUUAGUAUAUGAAAAAGAUAGCCUAAUGCGCAUUAAUGAGGUUGGAGAGACUAUGAGAAAUAUGUAUAGUGUAUAUUUUAAAACAGCUUUGCUUGUAUUGUGAAGAUUUAAAAACAAACUUGAGAUUUUUAACGUAACUAUUAACACAGUUUUAACAUAAGUUAUCCCACUGGGUUUAAGAGCAUCUUGAAUGUAUAAUCCUUUUUGUAACCCAGGUUGGUUUCUGCUUUUACAGUCAUCCAAACAUAUUAUUUAUGAUUUUAGUUUUAUAUACUCAUUUACUUUUGUUUUCCUCAACCAGCAUGAUUUUUUUGCACAUGUAUUGUAGAAAUUUUUAAAAAGAAAAAUCAGUACAUCAUUUUCUCUGGAUUUUCUUCACUUCUGUCUUCCUUUCUACUAACCCAUUACCUUAAAGGCCAUAUCGCUCCAUUUGCAUUAUUUGUGCAAAUGCCAGGGUUGGUUUUUAUUUUUAUUUUUGCUAUUUACCUAAAAAAAGAAAAAUGCUUCAGCCAAUUGCUUUUUUAUUUAAAAAAAGAAAAAAGAAAAGAAAAAAAGCUGUAACCUUAUCAUUUCUGAGUAGACCAUUGAGAGAUGAAUGCACACCUGUAAUAGCCCAGGACCAGCUUUGGUGGCUAAAGGGAAUAUUUUAACUAAGCAAGAGGUUCUUUUCUAAAAGUAGUAUAUAUUAUUCACAAUCUCUUUCAGUUAUUCCCACAAGUCAGGGGUCCAGAUAAAAUGAGGGUUAUCAGCUAACUGAUAUGUUAUCAUUGAGGUUCAUCAAUGAAUUUGUACAUUUCUAGUUCCCUUUGGUGAAGGGAAAAAAAAUGAUGAUUUUGCAAGACCUAGAUUUUGGCUUGGUUUCUUGCCUCCUUUUUUGGCAGCCUUCAUCUUCUCAUCUCCUAAAGCCCUUGAGCCUGUAGGGUUUUCAUGGUGGACAAAGGACCUGUGGUCUUUUAAAACUAGGACUGAUUUUUUUGGCAAGAGAUUAUCAUGUUGAAAGUGAUGUUCUGCCACUUUACCGAUGACUAAUUUUAAAUAUACACAGUCCUCUUAAUUUUCGGACCAAACAGACACCCACAGUGGAGGCUUAUCAAAGGGUUGCAAUGGGGAAGAAGCCUCUCCCUCACUGUCAGCACCAGCUGGUAAAGGUGACUGUACAGAUGUGCAUUUUCCUUUUGGUAGAAAUGGUCCGCAGCACUAAUUGGUAAGGCUUAUUGUACAGUAUAUUGUCAGUAUUCUUCUGGUUCAACAUACCUUAUAGUUCAUAUAUAACCUGUAUUAAUUGUAUAGAUUGUGCAUUUAAAGCUGUUACCAAGUUGUCAGAACAUAAGAGCGAAAACAAGGUCAUAUGUAAUAUUUUGUUUGUAAGUAUCCUUUGUAUCAUAGCAAAGGAAAUGUUUAAAAAAAAUCAACUGUAAUAAAGUAAUUUUAGUACA